AUGAAUUAAUAAAUGUUGUGGAGAAACAUCGUGGCAUCGGAUAGAAAUAUACGUUUGUUUUUCUCACAUGGUUUGUUAGCAUAAUAUAUAAUAUUGAGACUAAAGAAAAUCUGUUGGUGUCCAGGACAGUUUUUAUUAGAAUAACAGAGAAAUUGCUGAGCCAUAGAAAUACAAGAUUCGAGCGACGAAAACGAUAAUAAAGAUGAUGAUUUACCUGCCGUUUUCGAACCAAAGGUUACAGAAGCUGUAAAAGAAACAAUGGAAGCUGAAAAGGCUCAGUUCAUAUUUACCAUCCUUUUGACAGAACCAGAGUCAAUGGAGUUGGAUAAGAAGCCAUCCGCUGAAAGAAGAAAUAACUUUUUUUGUACAUUGAACGUGGAAAAGGUGCCAAUUUCUGCAGCUAAAAGUGACGAUAACGGUUCGUUUGUGUAUAAAGGGAAUCCUAAGAAAUACUAUUUCAAAAAUGACGAUGGCAAUGUACAGAUUGCACAUAAGUGUGACCAGGGCUGGUACAUUUCAGAACGUCGAAGUUGUGCAUCUCGGACACCAAUAUAUGACCAAACGAUAGUACCUGCUGCAAAAGUUUCUCUCUUAUCUAGAUGUUAUCGAAAGAGCAAGGUGAAUAAUUUCACAAACCUAAUAGCAACCAUCAAGAAUAUGGACAGUGCAGAAAUGUGGCCUUCCUAUUACUACUUAAAUAGAUGGGAUGAUGGCAUUGAAGGUGAAUUUAUUGUACCUAGACAUGGCAAUGCCAAAAAGGCAACUGCUCCAGCAUAUUAUCGAAAAGAUCCAAGCGUUUUUGACAAAAUUGAUAAUGGAUUAGAAAAGGGAAUGUCGAAUGAUGAAAUAUAUCUUCAGAUAAACAGAGAACCUGUCGAAUCGGUUAGCGAAACAUUGCAUAAGCUAGUCAAAAAUGAAGGCAUUCUUUACAACAUAUGUUUCGAGAAAGAUCGUUAUUCAGCAAUGAAUAUUAUGCCACACAUGCUUACUGACUUAAAACGUUUUUGUGUGGACGAUGACGGUGUUUUUACUGUGAACACAACAUUCCAGGUUGCUGAUGGAUUAUGGCUUACCGACUCCACUUAUCCAUACAAAGCGUUAAUUGAUGGUAAUGGGAAACAUCCAAAAUUUCGUGGACCCAGUCAAUGGCACUGGAAAAAAGAUACAGAGUCUUAUCGAAGGUAUAUGGGAGAAAUUUGCCUCGUUAAGCCUGAGCUGAGGAACAUUCGAAAUGUGGGGCAUGAUUUAGAUGCUGCCAUUGCAUGUGGAUUAAACGAUGUAUUAAACGCUCCCAAUCACUUCUGGUGUACCGAACACCUUCAAGAAGCUGAUACGCGUAAACUUAGAAAGUUAAAUGCGAACAACCGUACUGUGGACAGAGUCAUGGCAGACAUUUAUGGGACACAAAACGAAAAUGUCCUCGAAUUCGGAUUAGCAGAUGCUGAAGACGAAAACGAUUUGCUGGUAAAAUUGGAAAGUUUGGAAAGUACGUGGGAAAGCCUAGUGCCUUCUUUUUAUACAUGGUUUAAAAAGUGCAGAUUUGAAGUAUUUGUGGAAUGUCUUGUGUUGUCAGCAAGAGAAAGUAAAGGAAUAAAAGGGAGGUAUUACUCCAAUGGACUAGAAUUGAAACAUCGCCUAUUAAAAAAGAAACUUAGUGACAACGAUAUUGAAACUGAAAUUGGAGAAGUUUCCUUCUACCUUGAAAAAUGGAUUACUGAAAACUUCAUCCAUCAAAUUAACAGAGAUUUUUAUGGACAAGGAAAAUACAGAUUAGGUCCGAGAUAUCAGCAAUUUUUUCGAGAACCUACGUUAUUUUUGAAGUGGUCGAAAGAACGCCAAUCUUAACAUCUAGAUUCUUUCCUAAAUUUUACUGCAAAAGCAUAGUCAUCUUACGUGAAGCCAAGUAACGCAGGUCAAAAAGGAAAUACAAAGGCAGGUCAAAAAAGAAGAUGUAAUCUUCCUGAACCACAAUUCUUUUCUGAGCGAUCUUCAUUUGCAAUCGACACGGAAGUAACAUCAUCUAACCACAAAAUAUCACCGGUUAAAAUUAGCAAAAUUUCAUCAACAAAUUGGAAAGUUAAAUCGUCUGAAAUCACAACGAACGAUAUCUUCAAUCCAGAUAGAAGACCCACGAAACAAUAUACAUUUGUUCAUAAAAAUGACAAAAAAUCAUUUCCAACAACUGUGCAGCGCUGUCAAGAAUGUCGUAUCAGUUUCAUGCCCCAAGAUUUUGUAGCCGUAAAAACAAAUUUUGAUCGCGAAUAUACGGACAAAAACGGUCAAAAAAAGAAAUCGUUUGGAAACGUGUAUCUUCAUUAUAUCACUACGUGUCUAAAAGAAUUUGAUCAAAACUUCAAUUUCAAUUCAAUAAACGUACCGAAAGGAACACAGAACCAUCUCAAACCUUUGGAGAUACACAAGCUUGAAACAAAAGGCUGCAACAUCGAGUAACUUACAUGUAUACAAACUCACAUGUAUAUUUAGUUCUAUUCAAUAGGGUUUUUUAUACUUUUGUGACUUUGUUUCUUUUAUAUUAUGUUAUCUUUCCAAAUUAAGUUGAAAUAACUGCUUAAAACUACAACUUCUGUGCAUUUAAGUCAAUAUAAAGUCAAGCUAUACUAUAUAUAGUGGGGCUUUUUCUUUUAACAUUCUUCUAUUUUGUUAAUAUCUGUUCAAAUCUACUCAUUUUGAAACAUGUAGUGUGUGAACAUAUUUCAUCUUUGUUCAAGUUAUAAUCUUAUGCUUUCAAUAUGAACGUUUUUUACUUGAAACAUGUUACAUUUUAUUUCAAAAAUAAACUUUAAUCCUGAAAACACUAUUUUCGUUCUGUUCUUUUUGUUUCCAUAAUUGCCGUUAGGCGAAAUAAAUAACUAAAUAACUUAAGUUGAUUAAUUAUCGCGAAUUCCGCGACUUUUAUUCAUAUUUUUGAAAAUUAAUCUUCGCGGGAUGCAUUUUAUUGGACCUCGUGAAAACAACUUAAAAGUAGCUAAUUAGCAAGAACAACAUAAAGUAUCAGAAAAAAGCCCUGGGAACUAGGUGCCCUUUUAUUUAUCAUAUUUGGUAAUUUAAAGUCAUGAAGUGUUGUGCAUAAAAAUCACAACACCUUUGCGCUGCUGUUGCUGCCUUCUCUGGAGUAAAUUGAUAAUAACUGCUGGUUCUCUGAUAGCAGUGUAAAAAAACAGCUGGUUCUCUUGUGGUUACUUCAUAAUACUGGUGAUUCUCUGGUGGUUACUUCGAAAUACUGCUGGUUACUGUUGGUUACUGCUGGUUCCUACUUUUAGUAUCUACGUUUGUAUUUUUAUAUUUUACGAUUCUUAUAAGAAGAAACUUACUUUUUUUUAUAGCGUGCACACAGCUUUGAAAACUCUUAGGGCUGUUUCUGUGUGCAUCAAGUUGUAAACGUAUUUUACUUCAGAAUGUAUUAUUUGCUACUUACUACUAGCUACUUACUUCAGCUAGCUAUAAGUUUCUUAAAAUGUUUUAAGCUCCAAAAUGAUAUUAAUUCAAUGUAAAACCAUAGUUGAAAGACUAAGAUAAGGACUAAAUACAUACAUGAAAAUCCAUAACAAGUAACUAGUGUAUAACAACCAACACAUGUGCGAUAAGACUCAAAAUGACAGAAAAAAUCAGCCAAACUUUGGCACGGAAAGCAAAAAAUGCGCCUUUUGCGCAAAAAUGAAUAAACGGCGUGCCAUCAAGCAACUUUUCGUUCCGGAAGUUGUGUUUCAAAGACUAGCCACCUAAGGUGUGAGUCAACAACUUGUACAGGAAUAUGAAAUAGGUUUAUCUUAAGCUAAACUUGACUACACUGUAAUAAAUACAACAUUAUGAGAACCAGGUCUUAGGACACUCUUUUAAAAAUCAAUGUCGACCUCUUAUGUAAUCUCGCAAAUGAAUUGGCUCCGCGUAAAAGGUUCACCAAUGUGUUUAUUUUUUUUUUCCGGAGACAAAGACUAGCAGUUAUUUGUAUGUACAGAUGUUUUUACGCAGUAAAAAAGGAUAACAUUUUACUUGUGGUGUAAUUCAAAUUGACAAAAAUUUUUCUUGUCUCCGGAAGAGCUUAUUGAAAAAAUUUUUUUAUUUCCUCGAACAAAGCUUAGUUGAUCAAUACAGCAGGCUUGAAAUUUCCUCUAAAAAUAAAAUUCUGAUCCUUUAAAUACACAAACCAUAAUAGUAAGAAUAAAUUUAUUUUUCUAAGGAGCCAAAAAAUGCCUAUAUUUGGACUAAAAAUGAAAUUUUGAAAAAUUUGACGUGAAGAAUUCCGCCAUUUUUAAAAAUAGCGGAUAUCUCAAUUUCCACAAGGAGGUUUUAUGGGCCUUUCUUUGGUGGUUUUACAUAUCAUAACGAAGGUUUGUGCCAAAUUUCAGCUUGGCAUCAUUUUUUCCAGGUCAUGAGCUUGAACGACUGGAAUAAUAUAACCGAGAAGAAAGUUAUUUUCUUUUAGCAAAAAAAGAGAGAUAUAAACAAGCAAAUAUUAUUACUAUUAUUAUUGUUGUUAUUGUUAUUGUUAAUAACACACUCCGUUUCUAACGUUUUCUUAAAUUUUUAGUUAUUGUAAUAAUAACUGUAACAGCAGCGAGUUCAACUCUGUCUUCACUCUCUAAAGACAUUUUAUCGAAAGGAAAUUAUCAAAAAUCUGUUCAAUUUAUAUUAAUGCUAAAUUUCGACAAAUCGAAUUCGAUUAAUUGGAUCGUGUAUCACCGCCUUUAAGCGGACCUCUAGGAUAGGUCAAAAUCGGAAUAUUCAUUUUGUGUAUAUUUUGUAAGCAGCAUCUUCCAUGACAUACAGUCUAAGUUGUUUUAACAAUUUUAAUCUCUGGCUAGCUUUCUUAUAAACUUUGUCGAAAUUAUUAUUUAAAUUCAAAUAUCUGUCAAAAUGAUUCCGAGAUACUUAUAUUCUGAUACGUUGUUAAUUUUUUGUCAUUUAUAAGAUAUAUCGAGUUUCUUAUUCGUGUUGUUUAAGUGCUUUGCUGUUCUAAACAGCAUCGUUUCUGUUUUACCCUUCUUAAGAUUGAUAAUUAGUACAUUGUCAUCGAAAUACUUUGCUAUUAUUUCUAAAUCCUUUUCUAGUUUAUAUUCAACGUCUUCCUUCGUUUUUCCACUGACAUAAAUAGCUGUGUCGUCAGCAUACAUUGUCACUUUGCAUAUUUCGAGACAGUGUGGAAAAUCGUUGAAGAAAAUUAUAAACAAUAGGGGGGACCCAAAAUAGAUCCUUGGCGUACCUCACUGAACAAAGGCUUUUUCGCUGAGACUACAUCAAUUAUGGAAACAACUUGAUUUCUAUUGAAAAAAUAACCCGCAGACCACUGAAGUUCUACACCGUCAAUUCCAUAUGCGUUUAAUUUAUUCAGCAGAAUGCUAUGUCCUAUGGUAUCGAACGCUUUUGUUAAGUUGAUGUAGACUACUCCUACCAUCAGACCAGUAUCAAUUAAUUUUCGAAUGCUAUCAAAUGAGAUAGUCGAAGCAAGCUUUGUUGAUCAGUGAUGUCGAUAUCCUAAUUGUGAAUUUGUCAACAAAUCAUUUGAUAAGUUGUCAACUGAGAGUGGAUGGCUCGUUCAAGAAUUUUAGAAAAUAUCGGAAGUAUGGAAAUUGGCCGAUAGUUCAUUGGUAAUUUCAUAUCGCCAUUUUUAUGUAUCGGUACGAUUUUUGCUUCUUUCCAGGUUGAUGGAACAACUCCAGUUCUAAUUGACAUGUUAAUAAUAUAAGCAAGAAGUUGUGAUAUGAGCUUCGCACAGUGUUUUUAUCAUGCCUGGUGGCAGUUCAUCUAAACCCGUAGAUUUAUUGCGCUUAAGAGUUUUUAGUUGUUUCUCAACAAAUAUUUUCGAGACGUAUGUAAAUUCAAAGUUUUGUUCGUUUUCUUAACAACAGGUAUUUUACGCCAGACAUAAUCUGUAAUCGAGACGAAUUUUGAUUUCAGUUGUUUCGCGAUGUUUCCAAAAUAAUCAGAGAAUGUUUUGGCAGUUUUCUCAUUGUCCUUUUUAUUAACAAUUUACUUCUCGAUUUGGACGGGAAUACACUUUUAUUGCGUCCCAAAAUUUUCUGACAUUGCCUUUGUUCUCGUUAAUUAGGUUGCGAUGGUAUUUUCUUUUCGACUCUUUAAGUUUACCAUUGCAUUUAUUUUUUAAAGUUUUAUAUAACUCAAAGUCCUCUGUUAACUUUGUCUAGAGCUUUUCGUAGCGCCUGAUCUCGUUUAUCCAUAAGUUUUCGUAAGUCUGCUGUUAACCACUGGGAUGGUUUAUCUCUCACUAUUUUGGACUUGUACGGCGCAUGCAAAUCAAAACAUUUUUAAGAGUCGAAGUAAAAAUACCAACUACAGUGUUCACAUCAGUACAAUUAUACAAUAAAUCCCAGUUAAUAUUUUUAACGUCUGUUGCGAGUUUAACAUCAUCGUAGUUUUUGUAAUCACGGGAAUUGACCGAUCGAGAGAAAUACUUUUUAUUGUUCAACUUUCUAACACAACCAAUGAGGUCAUGGUCCACAAUCGAUAAUGAUUCAACCAAAACAGUGCUAAUGUUGGAAACGUUAUUUGUGAUAAUAAUGUCUAUUAGCGUUUUGAAGACUCCGUAAUUCUGGUCGCUUUAGAAAUGAUUUGUUCAAAAGAAUUCAAGGUGAUAAUAGAUUUUAAAUCUUUGUUAUCGGCUGAAUUAAGGUAGUUAGCCUUCAAAUCUCCCAUGAUGAUUAUCUUUUUUUGUUGUUUUUGAGCUGCAAUUAGCGACUCAUUGAACGAAUCAUUGAAAUGUUUUGAUAAAUGUUUUGAACUAUUUGGUGGUCUGUAAUAGCAAGUAAAAAGAAGUGAUUUCGUAUUUUUUAUAAAAAUUUCUAACCAUAAACAUUCCGUGGUAUCGUUUUCUAAGUCCGAUCUUCUUUUCCAAAUCAAGCCAUUUUUAACAAAAAAUCCGACCCCUCCUCCUUGUCCUUUACUCCUAUGCCUUGAUAUAAACUGAUAAUUUGGGAUUUCAAACAAACUUUUUUCUGAUUCAUCGUUAAUAUGAGUUUCUGAUAAACCAAAAAUAUCAAUUUCUGGGUGAUCGUAAACAAACUCCAGAUUCGAUAACCUUUUUUCUUGGAAAAUUCAUCUAAUCUUGUACAUUCAAAUUCUGUAACGAAAAACAACACCAAAGCGAUGACAACCGCUCGCCACGACGCCAUCUUAAUUUUUACCUUUUUCUUGUGAAAGUUGGUUCUAAUAUAGCCCUCCCAUAGCUUCGAUUUGAGGUUAAUACACUAAUGUUGGUAGAACAGUGCCAAACAAAAUCUCUAAUUUAUCCAAGAUCUAGAAAUAUUUAGCCAACCAUUCAGGAUAACAUCAAACGUCAGCUCACACAUCAAAACAGUAUUUUACCGCACACUACAAGCCUACACCCUAUGAUGUAUAACUUAACGAAAGUAGAUUAUUUGGCCAUGUUUCUCCUUCCUUUAUUAAAAACGACCUUCUUUAUGGUCACAGUUCAAAAUUAGCCAUACACAGGAUACUGUAUACACUCCAUAUAGCACCCACUCUCUUUAACGGCCAUC